AUGGAAACUACAUUGAAUCCACAUUUAGCACUGUGCUUACCAGAAAUUAUCAGUCAUAUAUUCUCAUUUCUGGUACCUGCACAUACUGGAGAAGAGCUCAAAAAGAAAAUGUAUGUAGAUCUGUACCCCUGUUUGAUAGUAAAUCGUCUGUGGCAUGAUAAUUCAAGUCGUAUUAUCUGGCGAAAAGCGUUUUUUGAAGAUACCAAAGACGAUCUCGAUACAUUUCUCAAAUUCGCUUCCGUCAUUUAUAAUGCAUCCUCCACUUCCUCAAUAAACAACACUAUCAACUACCUCUCUGAAGAUCGCGUAUGGAACAAAAAAAUCAUCUCUGCCGAUUCUCGCUUUGCAGAGGAGAUGGACAAUCAUUAUCAGUCUACACUCACCAAAUUAGACACGGCCGCCAGAUUAACCACCUAUCGCAACGCACUCCGAUAUUUAUGCAUUCGCAAAAUCAAGGAAAAGUCCGUCAACGAGCCUCUCUCUCGCAUAGGUGAACAUGCUUCCAAAUUAGAGCAUUUGGACAUUUACAUUUGCGACCAUUUCUCCAAUGAAGCACUUUACCCCUUUUUGGCUCACCAGAGCUUGACCUAUCUCUCGCUGGCGGGUUGUCAUAAUAUCACGGAUGAAGCCAUUUUGAAAGUAGCAGAAUACUGUAAACGUCUAGAGCAUCUGGAUUUACGAGCCUGUGGUCUUGUCUCUGAUGUUUCUCUCUCGGCCAUUGCCCUGAACUGUCCUCGCUUACGUCAUUUGAAUGUGGGACGUAUCCGAGAUCGUGAAAAGGUUUCCAUGAAAUCCAUUGCGCUGAUAGCCGAGUUUACCCAAGCCGCUGUGCUGGGAUUAGCGGGCUGUGAUAUCGAUGAUGGCUGUAUGCAGGUCCUGGCCAAAUAUCGCACCACUGGUCUUGAACGUGUGUCUGUCAAUAGCUGUUUCAAGAUUUCAAAUGAAACCGUCUAUGCCUAUAUACGUUAUUGUCCUAAUUUAUCUGUAUUUGAAAUGAAGGAAUGUCAUCAAGUGAAUGAUUGGGAGGCCGUGGCGGAAUUGGUCAAUCGAAAAGUCCUCUUGACUUUGUGUGAUCAACAAAAUAGAGCCUGCGCCGAUUGGGCUCGCAUUCGUGGUAGAACUUUGGAUGUCAAGGCUCCUCUCAAGUAA